UAAGAAAUAAUAGUGAGAGAUAUUGUGAGAAUAAAAUAUGGCGGUUUUGUGUGGAAACGCGUCUUGUAUUGUUGGAUUAAUUGCGUGAAAAUUUGAUGGAUACUCGGACAAAGAAUUGUGAAAAAUCAGUGAAGAUUGUGCACAAAGUGAUUCUCAACAAAAUAGCCUAAGUGCUAAAAUCAACGAAGAUAGUUUUAGAGGAUUUUUUACGGAUUUUUUUUUAAUUUGAACUUACUAAAGUAAUCGAAGAUUUAUAGCAAUAACAAAGAGGAUCAAAUGCAAAUCAAAUGCUCAAACCCAGUGACUUUUUAUUUAAUGAAUUUCCAAAACAAAAAAGAAAUGGAGGAUAAUCUCGGGUAGAAAAUGCGAAUUCUAAAAUCUGAAGCAUAACAAGCAACAAUAGUAACUUGUGGUUGUGAAUUUACAAAGGGACGAUACCGUCGCAAAAAUUUUUAAACCAUAUUUACCCUCCCAAAUUAAAGUGCUCAGUAAUAGUGAAUUUUCCUGGAAAAAAAAGGACAAAGUGAGAAAAUGUUCCAGUGUAUUAUUCAGCAACGAAAUGGGUGGAUUCAUGCACCAAACCCUGAAAUGCGAGAUGUUUUUCCAGAUAUUAGACUGCAACUUAAUGAACAAUUGAGGUGUCUCGAUGUUAGAGUGGAAUUUCAAGUGUCACUCAUCCAGGAGCUUCAGGACUUCUUCCGGAAACGGGGUGAAGUGGAACUGGACUACAGUAAGAGUUUGGAGAAGAUGGCAAAGAGUCUUUUGCUGAGGCACAAAGAACAGAAGCAAAAACGGGAACAAUGGCCACUUUUUUCAUCGUAUGCCUGCUGGCAACAGAUGAUCAAUCACACAAAAUCCCUGUCAAAGGAUCAUGCCACUCUGGCAGAUAUUUAUUCCACCCACCUUGUGAUGCGUCUGCAGACUGUUAUCGAUGAUAUCCAGCGCAUCUACCGGAGAUGUCGAGAAAUUGGUUAUGAGACACACGAGGAGAUUCUGCGGGUCCUGCAGGAGCUCCAUACCACAAUGAAGACAUAUCACAGCUAUCAGACUGAAUGCAAGGCGGCAGAGGCAAAGUUGAGAACAGCUGAGAAUCAGAGAACUAAAUUGCAACAGACAAUUCCCAAGGAAAAGCUCGACAGGAGCAAGAAAUACAGACUGAUUGAGAAAGAGGUGCUGAAGCGCCGUAACAAAUACUCAGACGCACGUCUCAAGGCACUCAAAGCCAAAAAUGAAUAUCAAUUGUGUCUCGAAGCGUCCAAUACAACUAUUCAUAAGUAUUUUGUGGAGGACCUGAGUGAUCUCAUAGAUUGCAUGGACUUGGGUUUUCACUCGGUGGUGUCCAGGGCUCUGCUCAUGCAUGUGACAUCAGAUCAGGGUAGAUGUAGAUCUCUGCUGACCAAUGCUGAGAAUCUCUCCCACAUUGUGCACUCAAUGGACAGCCGGGCGGAUAAACAAAAAUUCCUGGAACAGCAUCAUGGUGCUUUCAUGAUACCUAAGAGAUUGGAAUUUCAAGGGCAACAUGUCGAGGAGAUUGUCGAACCUGAGCUUAAGAAAGCUUUGCAUCAGGAAAUGGAAUCUCGACUUCAGCAUCUGCAGCAGAGAGUGAGCAAUCUCCGGACAGAAUCAGAAGAGAUCUGGAAGACGCUUGAGACAGCAGAGAUCAAUUUACUUGAAAUACUAAAUACUAAAGACUUCGACUGUACGUCGUACUUUGGCGAUCCGGCUAGCCAUGCAAAUGCAGGAGCACCAAAGUUGGAGGUGAACAAACAGAAAGCCGACAAGCAGGAAAUUGAGGAGUUCUACAUUGCAAAGAUACGAGAAUACAUCCUUGGUACAUCAAGAAUUGCAAGGCUGGACGCCAAGGCGGAAUUCCUCAGACAAUCACUGACCAAAGACAGUUCUGGAUCCAUGGGGAUUGCGAUGGUGAAGACAAAUGUGCCAAAACGCAAACGCAUCGGCCGAAUGAAUAUGUCGGGGCAACCAAAAUUAUUUGGUGGUUCCUUGGAGGAAUAUCUUGAGGCAACCAAUGAAGAAAUUCCUUUGAUCAUGCGAAGUUGCAUUCGUGUCAUAAAUCUCUUUGGACUGCACCAUCAGGGAAUUUUUCGGGUGUCCGGAUCACAAGUGGAAAUCUCCAAUUUCCGCGAAGGCUUUGAACGCGGCGAUGAUCCAUUGGCUGACACGACUGAUGCAUCAGAUAUCAAUUCCGUCUGUGGAGUCCUCAAGCUCUACCUGAGAGAACUCCGCGAGCCACUUUUCCCCAUCAUCUACUUCGAUCACUUUGUGUCGCUAGCACAACUAGAAUCAAAGCAAGAGAUUGUGGGUGGCAUCAGAAAAUUCCUGCAGAGUUUGCCGCGUUCUGUGGUUAUUGUGAUUCGCUAUCUCUUUGCAUUUCUAAACCACCUUUCAGAGUAUUCUGAUGAAAAUAUGAUGGAUGCGUACAAUCUAGCCAUAUGUUUUGGACCGACCUUGAUGCCGGCCCCAGAGGACAAGGAUCAAGUUCAGUAUCAGAAUCAAGUGAAUGAACUUAUCAAAAAUAUGAUUGUUUACCAUGAAGAACUUUUCCCGAAGGAUUUGGGUGGAACUCAAUAUGAAAAAUAUAUUUCCCAGGAGCCCUACAUUGAUAUAGAAGUUGGGGAUUCUCCGACAGAACAAGUUGCUGAAGAUCCAGACUCUGAAGUAUAUCCUUCGGAAGAUGAAUCCGAUACACUUGAAGCCACGGUGCAGUUUGAUUUCACUGCCCGAUCAAAUCGGGAGUUGAAUUUGAGAAAGGGUGAAACAGUAAUUCUGAGGAAGCAGGUGUCCAAUGAUUGGUGGCAGGGUACGGCCAAUGGAAAGGAAGGCCUUGUUCCAGACAAAUACAUUUCCCUAAAAAUCAAAGAUGAAGAUCGAGAUCGUGGGAGUGACAACAUGAAAUCAUCCAGUUCAGAGGAAUCAGUCCGAAAACGUCGUCCAAGUGGAUCAAUAGCUGUGCCAAGUCAACUUACUGUUUUUUCAGCAUCCUCUGCAACUGUUCCUCAAGCCCAGGGGCAAAAAAUUGUAGGUCCAGUGGCUACGGAAAUUGUUGCUCAAACAGUGGCCAUGGCAGAGGAAGUUCUGCAGCAGCAGCAAGAAAAUCAUCAGAUUGGUGUUCCAAUGCUUGAUCCCAAGAGGCCACAAGAUGACUUCCCAUAUUUCGACGAUGUUGAUUCAAUGAAGAGCAAGUACAGCUACCACGAUGAACCGCAUUCAUUUGAGAAUUCCAUGGAUUUCCUGGAAGACUUCAAUCACUUCCAAUUUGAGGGUAUCAAAAAGAGCGAGCCCAUCUACGCUGAACCCAGCAAGCCGGCUAUUCCUGUGCAUCCAAUUCCAUCAACUUCCGCCGCAGCAUCAAAUGGGGAUGCAGAAUCCGCUGGAGGCAUAGAGAAUGGUGUGGAAGUGCGUCAGAAGGUAAGUGAAAAUGGUGAAGGAGAGUCAAGUAGCAUUCGCCAUUCAGAUACGGAAUUGCUGAAGAGGAAGGAGGAAGAUGGCGAAGUGAAGCCACCGCGGAAGCUUCACUCAAAAAGUUUCAGCUUUUCCGAAAACCGUGUCAGCAACAUGUUCCAGCAAAAUCGGGAAUUGUGGGAAAAGAGAGCUGAAUUAGGUUCUCAGCACAGUCUCACAACUCCGCGGAUUCUAUCAAGGAAUCGCAUUGCGCCAGAUUUGGUGAUGGAUCUGCCGGCCAAUGUGCACAAUUUGCCUGAGGUGAAGGUGGAGGGAUCCUGUAGAGAGACUCUGGAGGCAGAAGGUGAUGUAGAUGUGUCAUUGGCAGAGAGAUUUGCUGCCCAAAAUCAGUGUACAUUGAAGAAGAAUGAGAGAUUUGCUGGGGAGCAAUUUGAAGGUGUGCCGGGAAAGAAGGAGGUCAAAUUGCCGUUUCAGAAGGUGGAGAAACCCAAAGCGGAAGUUAGGCCGCAAGAAAAAGAACGUCCAGAACCACAAACUUCCUCAGAAACGCAGGAAGUUAGUUUGCACAUUACCGAAGAUUCUGGUAGUGAGAGUUCUGAAAAUAAGAGUCCUAUUCCGGUAAGGAAUACCCAGAAAUUUGUAUCCCAAUUUGCCGAUCUUAAACUUACUGGUGGUUGUCUUAGUCAGCAAAGUGGAGGAACUAAUGACGGUGCGAGUUGCAGUGGAACACAAUCCACUUCAACCACUUUGUCCUCUUUUAAGCCUGUAAAACCUGUAAAACCACAAUUUCUCAAAAAGGCCCUUGUCCUUCCACCCACAACUCCAGAAAUGACAAGAAAAUCCCAACCAGAGUGAAUUAGUAAUGAAGUCAUUGAUGCAUGUUUAGGUGACAUUUUAUAUUGAAACUUCCUAUUUUUCCCAACAUUUUUUCUUUUAAUAAAACCUCAAGUCAGAAAUA